AUGGAUCCGGACUACCCGUGGCCGGACAAGUACCACGCGGAGGAGAAGGGUUUCCUCGCGUUCUUUUCCAAGAGCAAGGAAAACACCGGGAAGAAAGGCAAGCCCAUGAUGCUGCCGUUCGAGCGGCCGCUGGAGGACCUGGAGAAGCGGAUUAAAGAGGUUCGCGAUCUGGCGACGAAGACGGGGAUGGACUUCACCGAGCAGAUUCACGAGCUGCAGGAGAAAUACGACCAACUGAAGCGCGACAUCUACCUCCGCCUCACACCGGUGCAACGUCUGGGCGUGGCGCGCCAUCCCAACCGUCCAACGUUCCUCGACCACAUCCUCAACAUCACAGAUAAGUGGGUGGAGCUGCACGGCGACCGCGGAGGCUACGACGACCCGGCGCUGGUGUGCGGGCUGGGGCGCAUCGACGGCAUGAGCUUCAUGUUCAUGGGGCAUCAGAAGGGCCGCAACACCAACGAAAACAUCUACCGCAACUUCGGCAUGCCGUCUCCGAACGGGUACCGCAAGGCGUUGCGGCUGAUGCGGCACGCAGAGCACCACGGGUUCCCCAUCGUCAUGUUCAUCGACACUCCGGGCGCCUACGCUGGCAUUCAGGCCGAGGAGCUGGGACAGGGCGAGGCAAUCGCGCACAACCUGCGGGAGAUGUUUGGACUCACAGUGCCCACCAUCUCUGUCGUUAUUGGGGAAGGAGGGUCGGGCGGGGCUCUCGCUAUAGGCUGCUGCAAUAAGAUGCUCAUGCUCGAAAACGCCGUGUAUUAUGUUGCCAGCCCUGAGGCUUGCGCCGCCAUUCUGUGGAAGACUGCUGCUGCUGCUCCCAAGGCAACAGAAGCACUGAGGAUCACAGCACACGAGCUGCAGAAGCUGAACGUCGUGGAUGAAGUCAUUCCGGAGCCGCUGGGGGGAGCCCAUGCUGAUCCCGUCAAAACAUCGCUCGCCAUUCGAUCCGCAAUUCUCGCCAACAUGAAGGAGCUGCUGAAGCUGAGCAGGGAGGAGGUGAUUCAGCAGCGGGUGGGCAAGUUCCGCAGCAUAGGCGGCUUCACAGAGGGCGUGGCAGUGGACCCGGCCAAGAAGCGCGCCUUCAAGAAGAAAGACAAGCCCGCUCCCAUCCGCUCAUCCCCCACCUCGCCCUUCUCUCCGCCCCGCUCCUCGUCCCAAGUCAACUCCAAGCCUGUUCCUAGUAAAGCCGAGAGCAACAAUUAG